CAGUUAUUGCCCGGUGGUUAAUUAAAUCCUAAAUUAUAGCAAUCAUGUUAGUGGCACGCGGGUAAAGAAAAUUCGAAUUUUUGUUUGCUCUCCUCACACCGUAGAACCGUGAUCUGCUUUUCCCACCGCAUCAUUUUCCUUCUUCUCCGACCUGCGUUGUCGACGGACCCGACCCGGUAGUUAACCUCCUACAGAUAUGGCAGCGUUCUUUUUUCUCCUCUCUUUUCCAAACGUGCUUACUUCUCGGAUUAAACUACUCUCAUCACACCAUCAUUCUGUUUAGACACCGAUCCAUUGUCGAAGAUACUAAGCGCCAGAUUACCAAAUCCCGGUUCUGGUGAUCAUAUCUGUUUUACAAGCACACAACUUAAACACAAUAAUCAUCUUUGACAUAUCCUGAUAUUCAAGUUUUUGCACAACCUUGAAACUGGGAAAAAGAGAAGAUAUAAUAAAUUUGUGACAUUCUAAAAAACGAUGAAGGGGAUUGGGUCAUGGACGUGUGUUGAUGCUAAGGAUGCCGAAAAACAAGUCAGCAUAAAAAACGAUGAAGGGGAUCAGGUCAUUUUUCGAUCCGUUAUGAUUAAGAUCAAUUCAAGUAUUUGCCAAAUUACAUUGAUUCAUCGCGCCGCAAUCAUUCAUGAGUUCAAGGUCACGGUUGUGGUGCGACAGUUGUGGAUCGAAUCGUGAUACCCAGACUCUUGAUGAUGGCAGAGCAUGCUGUAGUUUCUGUGGGAAACUUCUCGUUGAGGAUAAUUAUUCGGAAGAAGUUACAUUUGCUAAAGAUGCCGGAGGACAGAGUCGAGCACAAGGAACACUGAAUAGACUUGCCAGUGGUUACUCUGCUUCACGAGACAGGACAUUAGACGGAGCUUAUGAGGAUAUGCAAUGGAUGCUUUCAUCAGUGUUCAAUGAUGAUGACUCUAACGUACUUCGACGAGCAAGAAACUUCUAUAGAAUAGCACUGGAGAGGAAUUUCACAAAAGGACGUCCAAAGCAUCUUGUUGAGGCAGCUUGUCUUUAUGUUGCCUGUCGGACAUCAGAGCCUGAUCCUAAGCCGUAUCUUCUAAUUGAAUUUGCAGAGUUCUUGGGUAGAAAUGUAUACGAGCUGGGUGCUGUAUAUUUGACGCUUGUUCAACAGUUAAGCCUUCAAGAUGUUCAGUCUAUUCAGAAAGCAGUUGAUCCAAGUCUUUUCAUUCAUCGGUUUGCAAAUAGGUUGUUAGGACAGACCGAUGUCAAUGUUGAAACGACUGCACUUAAAAUUAUUGCUAGCAUGAAGCGUGACUGGAUGCAGACGGGAAGAAAACCGAGUGGGCUAUGUGGCGCAGCAUUAUACAUAUCAGCAAUUUCACAUGGCUAUAGUUAUACUAAAUCACACAUUGUAAAAGUUGUUCACAUCUGUGAAGCAACAUUGACGAAGCGAUUAAUCGAGUUUGAAAAUACAGAAUCAGGAAGCCUGACGAUUGAUGAGUUCACCCAAAAAGCAGAAAAACAUGAAGCGGAGCUUAGGUCACUGGGCCAAACCACCACUGGCAUCAAAUCCUCCGAUAAGAGUGAAGUUCUUUGUAAGCACAAGGGUGAACUGACUUUUGCUCAUGGACUCUGUCGAGAAUGUUAUGCAGAAUUCAUGAAUUUUUCUGGAGGAUUGGAUGGAGAAUCAGAACCUCCAGCUUUUCAGCGCGCACAACAUGAAAGAAUGGAGAAAGAGUAUGCUGAGAAAAACGCUGUUGACUCGAGUUGUGAUCACAUGGCUAUCCAGGGGCAGAACAGUAACUAUGUAAAAUAUGAUAAAAGAUCAGAGAUCCCAGGGGAAAGUAGAGAUGAAAAUCUGCACUCUUCAGAGCAUGUUAAUGCUGGGGGUGCUACCAAGGAAGUGCCCAUUGAUGAUGCUAGUUAUAGCAAAUUACAGGGUGCUGAUUAUAUUAGUGCUGAAUCACCUGCAUCAGAAACCCUGUCUGAUAUUGAAGAUCUUGAGGUAGAUAACUACAUUCACACUGCAGAGGAGAUGCAGUACAAGAAGAUCAUCUGGGAAGAAUUGAAUAGAGAAUAUGUUGAGGAACAACUAGCCAAGGAAGCUGCUGCAGCUGCUGCAAAGGAGGCGUGUGAAGCGCAUAUGCGGAAUUGUCCUGAGGACAUGGAGGAUGCUAGAAAGCUUGCUGCAGAAGUUGCAGCAGCCAUGGAACAAUCGAAAAAGGAAAGACGACAAAAAAGAGCAGCAGAGGCUAAAAAUGCAGCUCCUCCUCGAACUGCUGCAGAAGCAACCCGCCAAAUGCUAGCCAAGAAGAAGCUUGACUCGAAGAUCAACUAUGAUGUGUUGGACGAACUUUUAAUGACUCGGUUUCUCCAGAUAACAAGAAAAGCCGUCUAAAUGAUGAGGUGUACGCCAGUGGAACAGAAUACGUGAAGCAGAAUAUGAAGGAAAAUGACUCUGAACUGCUUCCAGAAAACGAGAAUGAAGGUGGACCAGAGGAAUUUUCUGAGGGCUUGCAAUAUGGUAAUGAAGAAGACUACAUUGAUGAUUAUGGAUAUGAUGAGGAAUAUUAGAAUGAUUGAAAUACCUAUUUUUUCAUCUAUAAUAAAGUUGGACUUGGACGACAACAAAUAGAUGGCAGCGAGAUUUUAACUGUUGUACAUCGUUUCUAUAUUGCAGCUUUAGUGAAUCAUCUGAAAUUCAUUAUUUUAUGCAAAAGAUAAUAAAUACACCGUUAGAAAUGCUCUCUAUAUUAGUCAAAUUUCAGAUCUGAGAUGACCACAACUAUUUGUAUUGUUUCAGGUGGCCUUAAUUUCUGUAAUCUGCACGUGAAAGCAUUGUAACAAAUCAUUAUGAUAAUUUUAUUUAUUUUUUUGAUAUUUAACAAA